AUGUCGUCGUCCGAUGGCGGCCAGUCGCGCAACAGGCUCGUCGUCGGCGUGCUCUCGGUGUGCCUGCUCGUGGCCAUGGUGAUAGGGACGGUCGUGUUCUUCGUGAACGAGAGGGCCGGCUACGACUCGGAGAGCAAGCGCAACAUGAUCAAGACGAUGCGCAGCGUGGAGCUCUUCUGCGCGCCCGCGGACUUCCAGGGCACGUGCCGCGACACGCUGGAGUCGGCGUUGUCGCGGACGGACCCGGCCGAGCACCCGCACGCCGCCGUGGCCGCCGCGAUCACCGCCGCGGAGCGCGCGCUGGCGGACGGGUUCAACCGCUCCUCCGUGCUGGACGCGGUGCGGCAGAGCAACGACACCCUGGUGUGGGAGGCCAUCCACGACUGCCGGAUGCUCCUGGAGGACUGCCGGGGCAACGUGGAGCGCGCGCUGCACAGCAUCGCGUGGCGCGGCGUGGACGGGCCCGCGCAGGACCUCCAGGCCUGGCUCAGCGCGGUGAUCACCUUCCAGGGCUCCUGCGUCGACAUGUUCCCCAAGGGGGAGGUCCGCGACGAGGUGAAGAGCACCAUGGAGAAGGCGCGGGAGAUCUCCAGCAACGCCCUCGCCAUCAUCAAGCAGGGCGCCGCUCUGGCCUCCAUGCUCGACCUCAACGGCGGCAGCCCCGACGACGUGAACGGCAAGGGCAGCAACCGUCAGCUCGAGGAAGAGGGGGAAUCCGCUUCGUCGUCGUCGUCGUCGUCAUUCCCCACGUGGGUGCCCAACGAGGAGCGGAAGCUGCUCGGCGUCAAGGGCGGGCGGCGCAAGGCCGCGCUCACGCCCAACGUGACGGUGGCCAAGGACGGCAGCGGCGACUUCACAAACAUCUCCGCCGCGCUGGACGCCAUGCCGGAGAAGUACAGAGGCAGGUACUUCAUCUACGUCAAGGAAGGCGUGUACGACGAGACGGUGAACAUCACCGGUAGGAUGGCCAACAUCACCAUGUACGGCGACGGGUCCAAGAGGUCCAUCGUAACGGGCAGCAAGAACAUCGUGGACGGCAUCAGGAUGUGGAGAACCGCCACUUUUGCGGUGGACGGCGACAGUUUCAUGGCGAUGAAGCUGGGCAUCCGGAACACGGCGGGGGUGGAGAAGCAGCAAGCGCUGGCGCUGCGGGUGAAGGGCGACAAGGCCAUCUUCUUCAACUGCCGGAUCGAGGGCAACCAGGACACGCUGUUCGCUCAGGCGUACCGCCAGUUCUACCGCAGCUGCGUCAUCUCCGGCACCGUGGACUUCAUCAUGGGCGACGCCGCGGCCGUGUUCCAGCGCUGCCUGCUGCUGGUGCGGCAGCCACGGCAGGGCCAGCCGGCCGUGGUCACCGCGCAGUCGCGGCGGGACCACCAGCAGACCACGGGCUUCGUCAUCCACCGGAGUCAGAUCGUCGCCGACGAGCAGCUCGCCAGCAGCAACAGCAACAAGUCCGGGUCCGCGCCGGUCAAGACGUACCUGGGCCGGCCGUGGAAGGAGUUCGCGAGGACGGUGGUGAUGGAGUCCAUCAUCGACGGCUUCGUGCACGGCCAGGGGUACAUGCCCUGGGAGGGCAAGGACGACCUGGGCACGGCCUUCUUCGGCGAGUUCAGGAAUGCCGGCGACGGCGCCAACGUCACCGGGCGGAAGGAGAUGCGGGGGUUCCACGUGAUGGGCAAGGACAAGGCGCUGCAGUUCACGGUGGGCCACUUCUUGCACGGCGCGGACUGGAUACCGGAGACCGGCACGCCGGUGAGCUUAGGCUUGUCCGGAGAGGAAGAGUAA